AUGCAAAUAUCUGACGACGAGAAAUUCCUAUGGUGUCAAGGUGCGAUCUCUGUUGGGCUGAAGAGGACUCAGGAAACCACCUUUUCCUCAACUGCAGCUUUUCCACUCAGGAAGGCAAAGGUAGUCUUGGUGGCUGAUAUAUGGAAGGCUCUCCUUAUCACUGUCUAUCAACAACUAUGGAUUGUGCAAAACAAAAGGCAUUUUGAAAGCCAGAGAAGCCUUCCAAGGAAUGUUGUGCAAAGGUGCAUCAAUGCGAUCUCUGAUUGCUCUCUCAUUACAGGAGUUAAAAUCAAUUCCGUACAGGAAUUAAUGCUUACUAAGUAUUUUAAGGUGACCACGGCUAUACCUAAACCGAGGAGGAUAGUAGAGGUUCGGUGGAAUCCUCCUCUGUUGGGGUGGUGGAAACUAAACAUUGACGGCUACUCCAUCGGCAAUCCUGGUUACUCGGGAGCUGGGGGGAUUCUUAGGAAUCAUUUGGGAAUUUUUAGACGUGGCUUCUCUAGCUUUGAAGGUAUUAGAACAAACUUCCAGACAGAGAUGGCAGCUUUCUUUUUAGGCAUAAGAGAGGCGAAAGAACUGCCGGUGGAGCGCCUAUGGGUGGAAUGCGAUUCAGCUUUAGUGGUCUAUGGGAUCCUAGCCUCUAACAUCUCUUGGGACUUUCUUCAACAGUGGUGGAGUGCUGAAUCCUACCUCUCUUCUAUACAGUGGCGUGUUACUCACUGCUACAGAGAGGGUAAUGCUCCAGCAGACGCCCUAGCUAAGUGGGCAGUCACCAAUAAAACCUCUGAGAAGUGGGAUGAUUUACCAAUUUUCAUUGCUCGCUCGCUGAACUGUAUCUUUUUCCCGGCGACAUUUGUAGAGACGGAGAUUAUACGGUUCGUUGCAAGACCAUUCAUUUGCCAAGAUCCAAAGAAGCUACAUAAAGCUAAGCAGAGAUUGAAGCAAAUGUGGGACAUGAAAGAAUGGUAG